AUGGCGGACGCCCGAGGCAACCAUACAAAACCGAUUCCGGCAUUCUACUGCUGCUAUCUACUUCGCUCGACCGUGAAGCCCAAGUCGAUGUAUAUCGGGUCGACGCCUAAUCCUGCUAGACGUCUCGCGCAGCAUAACGGUCUCGCCAAGGGAGGCGCGCGCAAGACCGCGAAUGAUAAGCGACCUUGGGAGAUGGUUGUGAUCGUCGAGGGAUUCACGAGUCGCAUUGCUGCGUUGCAGUUCGAGUGGGCGUGGCAGAACCAGAGAAAUUCUCGCCAUCAUGUUGACUCGGAGGACGACGAGAAGGCCAAACCUACUGCGUCCCAGUCCCGGAGCGAUCGGAACGCCGGCACGAAAAGGAAGAAACCAUGUCGUUCCCACCGUCUGAAAGUAUCGUUGAGCGCGCAUCUGGGUACGUUGCAUACUUUGCUGCGGUCGACUCUUUUCGCAGGCUGGCCUCUCAAGAUUCGAUUUUUUGCUGCCGAUGUCCACAAGGCGUGGCAGGCCUGGUGUGAUCGUGUAGAUGGUUUUCUGCCAGAUCAUAUGGCGGUCAUCGCGGAUGGACAUUGUCUUGAGGCAUACAGGCCGCAUGGCGUUAGUGAUUCCAGGGUAGGGAGCAUUCAGGGCAUCAAGGUCGAUUACACUCCGAUCCAGGAUUACGCGGAGAAGGCGGCGUUUAUACUCGUUGAUUCAGAGACCCUACAGUGCAAUAUUUGCCGGAUGCCGGUCGUUCCAGACGCUGAAAUGGUGGUGGUUUGCCCAGAGGCUGAAUGCUACUGCACGUCUCAUCUAAUGUGUCUAUCAAACCAGUUUCUGGAUUCUGCUAAUGACACGGCCCGGCUGGUUCCCACUUCUGGUUCAUGUCCUGCAUGCCAUAAAACCGUCCAUUGGUCAUUGAUGAUGCAAGAGUUGGGCCUGCGAAAACGCGGUGGAAACCAAUGGCUGAAGGUACUUCGAAAGAAAAAGAAAGAGACGAAAAGAGCCAACGCCGUUGCCAAGUCGAGAUCCAAAAAAGACCAGAAAUCUGCCAGUGAAGGUUUGCCCGGAGCGACUGAACCCGCAGACCACGAGGCGAACGACGACUCAGACGAAGAUGCCCAGGAUGAUGUGUCUUUGGAUGAGAAUUGGAGCGAGCUUCUAGACCCCGAGUCGGGUUCCGAGCGCGAGGAUUCACCUAAAUCCCAACAGGCACCCUCAAGGGUCGAGAUAGUCAUCCAAGACAGCGACGACGAUGGGGGCGAGAUCUCUGAAUGGUAG